AUGGGAAUUUGCUGUUGUAAGAUCCACGAGACGUUGAGAGAAGACAGCUAUGAUAGCAGCGGAAGAAUUCUUCCUCAUUUUUCGGCCAACAUGGCCUCCUGCUCCGAUCACACCGAUCAUCUUGUGUUGGAUGCUCUUAGCGCUCUAAGGAAACUUGCCGAGAAGUAAGAGGAUUAUUUUCCUGUUGUUUUUAGACUGAUAAAUUAAGCUAAAAGCCUUAAGGCAAUGAUCAAUAUAUCCUGUUUGCACAAUCUACGUUAGGUUAAUUUUCAAGCCUUUCAUCGUUUAAGGUUUAAUUCUCCUGCAAAAUGCAAUCAAUGAUAUCGUCGUAUGAGUUAGCUCAGUUCACUUCCUCUAUUUCAAUACAUGUAAGGUGCUAUUCUCUUGCUAGUUUCCUGAUGAUGAUGUGUAAAAAGUACAAACUCACCUUUGCCAAAUCCAGUUGUCAAAUUAAGGUCAUCGAUGGGCCUUGGGAGUUUACAUAACCCGUCAUUUGAAUUGUCAAUUAACACCUGUUAAUUGCAAGCAGUUCUGUUGCUCAACCAAGGGGUAGGCCAUUGGAAAAAUUUUGGGGGGGGAUGGAGAAUUUUUGAAUGGCAUGUAUUCUUUUUUCAUCAAAAUGUUGUGCACAAAUAUUUUUUUCCUUGACGUUGAAAUUCAGGUGUGCCAAUAAAGGAUUAUUUGUACUGGGCUUUGAAUUAUAAACAGGAUAUGGCAAGUGCACAGGGAAAGAUCACUGGAGGGUAGGGACAGGACAGGACCUUUCUCUGCAAAGUAAAGGGGCACAUGCAAGUCUCAACAAACAACAAUGCCUAGUCAAACCCCAUUAAUAUGAAUGGAUACUGAGGGGGCCAUAGAAAGUGUCUGUAUUAACAGGGUGCCUGUAUUAAACAGGUGGAAUUUAGAGAAAAUGUAAGGGCUUCCUUUACCCAGCGACAAAGCAAACUGUCUGUAGUAAAUGAGGUGUCCAUAUUAAGUGGGUGUUUCUAAAGCAGGGCUUCACUGUAACUUUAUUAUCACAUGUAAAAGUUGGAGCCAAACAUUUGUAUGUUAACCUCUUUGGUAGCACAGAUCAUUAAGUAAACAUAAGUUUUCAGUGCUCAGGGUUGUUAAAAGUAGCCGGCUGCCAGCAAAAAUCGCCGCCUAGUUGGUUAGUAUCGGCCGGCUACUCCGCUUGGCAUUUCUUUACGGAUGGCGUCUUUUAAAUGAAAUGUCCCUGGACUCGCCGCUUACUUUGACAACUCAGCCAUCUACUUCAAAACUUGCUGACAACCCUGAGUGCUGUCAACUCUCCCGGAUAAUCCAGGAGACUCCAGCUUUUGGACCGUAUCCCCCGGUCUGCAUAUUAGAGUCUGAUAUCUCCUGGAUAAUCCCGAAGUUGUUAUUUCUUGUAGACCCAACUUUCUAACCAUAAAAUUAAAAUAUUUUGCGGUGUUUGAGCUACUGUUGACAUGGUAUGUUUCCCUAUCAAUUCUGGUAUGCCACUGUAAUUUAAGUGAUAAUGUGGCUAAAUAUGAACUGUUUAUGUGCUAUAUAUAUGUCAAUCGGAAUCAACGAGCAUUUUUGGCACAAAUGACAUCCUUUGUCAUGAGAUAUGACAUCAUCUAUCAUUUCUUCCCUUUCAAUUCUCAAUAUUUGAUGACGUGGGGGGUUGACAGCCGUGCGUUUUACGUAUGGGAAGUAUAUGUUUGCGGUGCCUGUCAAGGAACUUCCAUGAAUAUCAUCUUUUAUCAAUUAAAUAUAAAAUAAUGUAUAAUUUUACAUUUUUGUUUUUGUAGUAGCAUGGAGCCUCCAGAAUGCAUGACAAUUCUACAUUCCUUGGCAGAAGAAGGUACAAAAUGCUUAAGAUUAACAUGUUAUGUCAUUAUGGAAUAUGUACGAGUUCAUUGUUUAUUAUUAUAAAUGUCAAAAAUUAAAGUUGCUGUUAACUUUUUUGUUCAACUCUCUGGGACUGGUUCUGGUCAGGAAUAACUUUCCCACCUAGUCCCACCGAGCUCCUGUAACCAGCCUUCUUUGUAUAAUAUAAUCUAAAGACCACCAUGAAACAAAUUUAUGUAAGAGGAAGGGGGAGAGCAGAAUAGUGGUGAUAUGAUAGGCCAGAGGAUACACUGUGCAAUCAUAGGUCUAGCAUCACCAUCCACUUCCAGUUUAAAAGUUGGGUGGCAAGGGCCUGUCUGCAUGCCCCAGCCCGUCUCCCAUUUCUAUGGCCAUGGGAAGAUGAAGAAAUAAAGACUAGAGUUAAGAGAGAGUUGAUAGGGGAAUAUUCAACACUAGCCCGCUCCUCCCAUGUUAUUCUCAAUCUAUACAUGCACAUGCAUUUGUAUACCUCUCUAGUCGUUGUCAACAGCCUUAAGUAAUUUUAAGACUAAAUCUCUACCACUCUUUCUGGUGAUCAGCACAUUAAAAAAGUGAGCAAAUUUUUCCGCCUUUUACUGAUGGUGCUCAUUCUCUGGCUAAAAGCCCAUGUCACACAAUAGUGAAUGCCCUGAAAACAGAAGAACAAGUGAGAUGCAAUGUAUUUUUCCUUUUUAUUUUACGUAUGUGCAUAUAGACUUGCCAUAAGUUGACCUCACGAGUGACCUAGCUGACAAGUUUCUAAGUGAGCAGAGUGAGCUUUUUAGGAGUUCCUAAGCAAGCAGAGCCAGCUUUUUAGGCUGUGAAGCGGCCAAGCAAGCAACAAAGUCACAAGAGGUCAACUUGUCUCACUUGAAAGGUUCCUAUUUGCAUUUCAUUUGCCAAAAUGGGGAGUGGCAUGACUAACAUUUGGGGUUUCUGAUUACAUUGAGUCCUUGACAUCAUUGAUUCCACUCCGACAAAGACAAUCUAUCACUUGUAUGUUUCUCCGACAGUGAAAUGGCAAAUUUGUUAGCUUUGUGCUUAAGUUAACACGAACAAAGAUUUCAGGUGUAAUAACUACCUCAUGCGGGCGGGAAAUAAAACAGAGCUUGUUAAUCUCGAGUUGAGACUUGGAGAGAAGAUUUCCAGUGACAGUUUGUUAAUGAAUAUAUUGUGCCAUGACUGUGCCGACAAGAAUGAAACCUUUGUUCGGAAGCUUCUUGAAGUGAGGGAAAGCCUCGAAUCAUCGAGGAAUGCCAUUGCAGAGGAGAAAGGAGGGAUAAACCUCAAUAAAAUGGCACACGCGCAUUUCAGAUCGUCAUACCAUUGGGCAAAAGAUGACAUCACCAAAUAAGAUAAUGAUCAAAAGCGUAUGGAGCCAGCUCAAAAGUCAGACUUUACCCAGCUUCAGUUGGAGCAGAGACAAAAAAAUCCCUCCCGACAGAUAUGCUUUGAUUAUUUUCCUCUGAUAGUCAUGCAUAUUCAGAAUAUCCUUUGUCCUCAAGAGCAUCUUUUAGGAUAUCUCAUUGUUGAAAUUAAUCAACUGCAAAUCACGUUUCCGUGCACUUAAUUACUUGUGAGAUUCACUUUAUCCCCAAGGAUCCUACUCUGAUUGGUCUAAGUGCUGGGAUCCGUUUUUGGGUCACUUAAACUGGUACCAAUCAAGUAUGAAAUGUCCUUCUUCCAGUGCCAUAUUAAAUCGGAUGGAGAACUUUUUUGAAAGCCUAAUAUUCAUAAAAUGUUUAGGAUACUGUCUCCUGAUACCAUCCACAAUUUCUUUUAUCUACCUGUAUUAAUAGAAAAAAGUUUCUUUUAAGGUACUUGAUUAAUAAUUUUUACUGUGCAAUGUUGAUACUGAAUUUUAGAGGAGGGAUGGCUAAAUGUUGUGAAGUCCUGUAUUUUUGCUAUUCCAUUGGAGGAUUCUCUUGGAGCAGCUGUUGUGUGUUUACUUCUUGAUGAAUGCCCACUUCCUACCCGGGUCAGUGUUAAUAAUAUUUUUUAAUCCUUUCAAGACUCUUACAUGACCAUAUGUAACAAAGUGUAGUGGGAAACACAGACCUCAUGCAAAAUAUCUUAAUAAUGAAGGCAAAUUGCCCCUUUCACAUUUUUCAAAUUGUUACGGUCAAACUGGGAAAACUGUGAACACCAGACAUAUUUUGGAAAUAUUAUUGUGUUGCAAGAAAACAGCCAAAAUAAAAUGUAAGCAAGAUUGUUAAUUAGUUUGUGGUUUUGUGGCCUGUUCACGUGUUCUGAUCUGUGCUGUGAUUGGUCAUAACACAAUAAAUAUUCCUGAACUAUUUCAGGUGUUCACGGUUUUGCUGGUUUUGACUGUAAUGACAAACAUGAUUUUCAAAAUAAAUGACUGUGUCAAUUGAUUUAUGAAAUCCAUUCAACAAGAUAUGGCAAUAAAAUGAUAUAUAUAUCUAACUGGUGAAAAAUAAGCUGUUCUUUUUUUCUUGAAUUUUUAGGAUGCUAUACAUACCCUGUCAUCAAGGCUGAGACUGUCCAAGGACCUCGAAAAACUUGUAUUCCACACCAAUCAAGGCAGACGGGAGAGUGAACUUACACCAUCAAUUUGCCGAAACCUGGCUGUUGUCUUAGCAUGCUUAGCUGACAAGUUGGCUGGUGAGUAGCCUAAUCCUAGUCUAAAAUGUCACAAGUCUCCACCUCCCAACCUUUGGGGGGCGUGGGGAAAGAGACGUCUGAAUUCGGAGCAUUUUAAUGCUAUCUGGUGAUGUCACCUAGUAAUUUAUGCAUUUUGCAUAAAUUUCGAUUCCUUAACGAGUUGGUAGCCAUAAGUCACGGAACCAUGAACAGUAAUAUUCAUCGUGUUUACAUUUUGAUUUUUGUGGCCUUUUGUCUUUUGUCUGUCAUUUUUAAACAAUGGCUAAAACAACAUAACUACUACUUUGUACAAUCAGAGCUCCUGAACAGACUCUGGACAGAUUUUUCAUCAUCAAUAUGGAAUUUCUGUUGCUGUGGCACAGGCAUCUCUCCUGGCAAAAUACCCCUAAUGCAAGGAGCAAGGAGAGGCAGCUGUUUUUGUAGGCUAGAAAAGUAGUUGUUUGAAAAUGUUUUUUUUUACGGGGAGCUAGGAUAGAAAUUUGUGUUAAGUCAGUUCUUUUUGAAUUGGCUCAAAGUGUGCUUGAUCAUAUUUAGCAGCAGCCAUUUUGAAUCAUUGUUACAAGAUUGGGGCUGUGGCUUGAGUGAGAGAAAAGUCUGAAAAAGGAGUGUGAAAGAAAAAUUAUUAACAAGUUUUAUGCUAACAUAGCGAAAUUCAUGAAGAGGCUUAUGACUGUCUAGUAUUUUAAAUAACAGCAUUUUAUAGACCUUUUUAGCUUGUAUGUUUUAUUUUCCCAAUUCAGACUACAUGAUGCUCUUCAGGGAAUUUGCCUUUUGUCUUUUCAUUAAUUCUGCAUACAUAUAUGCACAUGGAUGCAUUUUCUCCAGAUGACAUUUGAAAGAAACAGUUCACCUUGUGUGAAAUGGGAAAACAAAACAUACAAGCUAAAAAGGUCUAUUUAGCCCACCAGCUCAAGAUCUGCCAAUAAGAAAUUUUGCACCAGUCAAUCCACCCCCCCCCCCCCCCCAAUCCUGGUGCAUUUAUAUAUUGUUUGGUGAACAGUCCUGUGAAUAAAUUUGAAUGCCAAUCUAAGGACUGAUGGUGUAAAGGGAUAAUCAGAACCCCUGUCCCAGUUAUCAAAUGAGUAGAUGGUACAAUGAAUAGGAUGAAAGUGUAAUUAGGCAACAGCCUAAUGUGAAGCUGCAGUCAGUGAUUUAAUUAGCUAAAUUACUAGAUGAUUUAGUUAAUAUUAAUUUGUAUUUUUUCCUUGAUAUCAGCAACACCACAUGCACUUUCCUUUUAUCAUAUGUUAAUUAGCCCUCUUUCAGUGUUCUCACCAGGAUUUUGCCUUGGGGAGUCCCAGGGCCCCCUCUUCUGAGAAAUAGGGGCCCCGUAAGAACAUUAGGGGGACAAAGUUACAAAAAACACGCGGUACGAAGAACCUGAGCCCGCACUCCAAAUUGUCUGUUACAGAGAAGUACCUACCUGAUCCAAUAUGGCAGAAGAGGUGUUUAGGAUUGGGAGGAGGAGUUUACGAUGUAGUGGGACGUGCGUGGGACUAAUGAAAGUAAAGGCAACAAAAUUAAAGACUUUGACUCAUUCGAUAUCAUGUUUUUUAUUUAUUCAAACAAACAGAAUGCUUUAGUGUUAGGUUGACCAUUAAAACUACUUAAGUCCGUUUGAUUCGUAGCUUGCCCCUGUGCCCUAACAGGCGCAUCUUCUUGGUUUUAAUGCGCCAUUUCAGUUUUUCUUGCGGGAAUCCCGCAAGGCCGCGGCUUGGUGAGAACACUGCUCUUUGCCUCCAUCUGAAAAGAAAUUUUACCUUAAAUGAGGCAUCAAGGGCCAAAUUUAAUAAAAACACAAGACUAACUAGAUUUGCUACCAUUUGGGAAUACUCUGUCCCGGCGGGGUCGACUCCACAUAUGAAAGGGGUGGGGAUGUUCAUCAGAAAUUUUGAAUUAAACCCCUAAAGGAGACCGAUCCGGGCGUAGCCCAAGCUUUUUUUGACCCCUAAAAGAGACCAUGUUAAAACACAGACAAAUGAGAAAACUUGGAUUAUAUGAAGGGAGUGAAUAAAACGAAUUAAAAAAUUUACAUAUCAAAUAUAUUUUUUUUUUAGUAAAAUCCAACUAGUGGUCUAUUAUCAAUGCCGUGUUCUAACACUACUAGGCUAUAUGUUAUAGCCCACUAGUAGUAAAAAUCGUGGGCUUUUUGGUGGCAAAAAAGUCUAGCUUUAACAGCUAGAAUUUUGUUAUUCUCGAUAUUUUUGACCAACUAGUUGGAUUUUACUAAAACAAUUAUUCCUCUCUGCCCUCAUGACCCCUGAGUCAAUAGCCCAUUCGGCCUUUGGCCUCAUGGGCUAUUGACUCAGAGCCCAUUCGGGUUCGAGGAGUUUAAAUAAUGUUUUCACGUGCAACCUUAAACGAGACUUUCAUGGCUAAAUUGGCUAAAUAUGAUGGCGUUUUGCGCAGAACACCCUAAGUGAGAUCAAAAUCCGAAAUUUACACCCCUAUAUAAAGUGAGAUGAUGAGCAUCCCCACCCUUUUCAUAUGCGGAGUCCCCCUUGGGUACUCUGUAUUGUGUUCUAUAUGAUAAAUGAAAAUGAUUCAAGAAAUUGUAAUGUAUUGUGGUCUUUAUCUGCUUUUUUAUGACCGUGUACUUGCGUGCAUCUAUAUAGGUCCAUUGAGUAUUGUGCUGUUAACCCAAGGCACACUGGAAUUUCUCAUACAGAGACUGGUAAGACCUAAUAAAAGCAACAUAGCAACAGUCAUUUUUAAGUAAAUCUCAGUGAAAUAUGUGGAGUAUUUUAGGAAUGGAAUCAGUAGAUUAUUACUAAGUUGUCAACCUAGUAGCACUUGUAGGGGCACAUGCUAGCUGGCCAGCAUCUUACAUAAAUUGCACAUUUAGUAAACUCAUAAUGUUUGGUUCAGGUACUACAAAGUCAUAAGUAGAAAAUAAUUUACCUUUCAGACAACAGACGAGUAUCCUGGUGUUGUCCUCAAUUCAAUCCUGGCACUGGAAAAGUUUGCACAGACAAGUAUGUAUUAAUUUACAAUAAAUUAAAUGUAUAACACGUACUGCUUAGUCAGCAAUCAUGUUUACCUAAAAUAUGAUGACCAUGUAAUAAAUAUAUGUAUUCCAAGUAUGUCCGGGCAUUACUAAGAAUACUGAAGCACUCAUAAAAUAAUUCUUGGCAAGUGCAAGAUCUGAUCAAUGUGAACAAUUCUUGACAGGCGAAAACAAGCUGACCAUUCGAGAUACUGGCAUAAUGGAGUUGGUUGCACAGAUUGAAAGAGAGUGGCUUGGAAGCAAGGACUUUGAAAAACACCAGGCUGGAUUUUGUUCUCAGUGGCUUCUAGACAAUUCAUGUAAGUAGUGUGCAAAUUUUAUAGGUAUCAAUUAACCCUUUUAGCCCUAAUAUCCAUAUAUAAACUCCUCAGGCUGAUCUGAAGGAAAUAGUGGAGGGGUGUGGAUCGUUUUGUUCUUUGAAGCCACCCCAUUUGAGGACAAGGUCUCAACAAUUUUUUCACCAAUUAUGUCUUCAAAAUUUCCCACCAUUGCACUGUCAUACAUAUUCCUCUCACCAACUUUCUAAUAGGCCAUUUCAGAGUUCCCCUUGGCUUCUGUUUCAAAACGAGGGUUGGUGCUCAACCUUUGAUAUGGAAACCUUCUUUAAUUCUCAUGCAAAUAAAACUCAUUUUCACAAGAAAGGUUGUGCACCUAGCCUCAUUUUGAAAGUUAGGGUUUUUGGAACUCGAAAGUGGCCUAUUCGGAUGGCAUAGAGAAUGUUCUUCAACCAAAAGUAAAGCUCAGUGUGGCAGCAUCUCUUCUGAGCUACUCUGUAUCGUAUGAAGCAAUCAGCUCCUAGGUUUAAGACUUGGGUGACCUCAAAAGUUGUUGAUAAUGUUGAUAAUACAAGUUCAUCAUUCUUGUAAAUCAAUGUGGACUCAAAGUUUUGGAUCAAGUUAUUUACUAAACCACUUGCUGUGUUAUCUUUUUUCCACAUGUCUUUUUCUGUGCUGACAGUUUCAGUUAAUGUAAGUUGAAUAAUAAAAUUUAUUCUAUAUUGUUUAAACUACAUUAUUAUAUAAUCAAAUUAAUUAAUUAAAAUGUAUAUUUUGGAGGAGGCAUCAUGGCCGAACAAGUUAGAGCGCAGGACUGGCAAUCCAAAGUCCACAUAUUCAAGUCCCACCCUAUCCACUGACUGCAUUUGUUCUUUAGCAGUCCCAAGUUCAGUUGAAUGGCCAUGCUUGUAAUAAGCCAACUGGUUUGGACAACAGGAUUGCCUCCAACCUGCUGGAAUGUAAACUUGUUUGGUUAUUUCCGUUCUUUGUUUUUGUCCUUUUUUGUGGACUAUGUAAAGCACUGGAUUGCCAACAAUGAUUGUUUUACCCCUAUGAAGUAAUUCUGUAUUUUCAAUUUCCUGUGAAAGAUAUUUUUUGAAUAUUUCAUAACGUAUUUUGCUUUCAGAACCGUCCAUACUCAUAUGAAAUAGCAGAUUUAAGCAAGAUUAAUGUCAUGCUUAAUAACAAUGAUGUCAGUGAUUAUCUAAAAAUAUCACCCACAGGGCUUGAGGUGAGUAAUGGAUUUAUUUACUUAUUUAAUGACAAAAUAGUUUUGUUAUUAAAAUUUAUUACAGUGGAACAUCAGUCAAGGGGUUGCACUGUGAUGAACACAGACAUCGAAUCUCUGUUGAGUCUCUUUAAAUUCUUUAUUCAAUUGAGUGAAUGUGAUUUCUGUGGCUGUUGUUUAAAGGUGCAUAUUUAUUUUAGCCUUUUUUCUGCUGUAAAUAUAUAGAUGGACUAUAUUUUAAUUUCAGUUAACUUUAAUGAACAGUUUCUGUGGCUGUCUCCAGAUUAACUGUCUGGUUGCAUAAAGGCCCGAGUAUUUUCAAUUUCCUUCCUUUCCUUGACUCCUUGUUUUAUUUUUUAACUGGGACUCAUUGGUUAUGGACAGGGAUUUCCACAAGAAGAGUCACAGAACUCACAAUGACUUUUUGUAACAAAAUCACUGCUUUUUGCACGAAUACCCACUGAAUAACACUACAUCCCUCUCUACCUAAAUAGCAGAUUUCUCUGCCCUUCAUAUAUAUACUUGAAGCCUGAAAAAGGCACCCCUUCAGGGGCGGAGCCACCCGGCAUGGGGCUUUGUAGGGAGUAUCCCCUAGGUACUUGCCAUAUACGUUUUGUACAGAAGCUAUUAAAAGACUUCUAGUUGCCCAAUGUCACGGGCUACCAGCUGCUACUAGAGUGCAGCCCUAAUUUGUUGUGUAUGAAGUAGGUUCAAGUUAGGUUCACUUCAUUGAUUGAACAGAUAAGUGGUCCACAAGUGGGUAUGUUAAAUGUCAGUAGAAAACAACUAGCAUAACAUCACAAUUCUGCGAUACUCACCAUCUAUUGCAUAAUAGACAGUAAGUAACGAGCCGGUGUUUUGGCGAUGCUUCUGAGAAAAUAGUAGAUAUACCAAAUUUUGAUGAUGAAUGCUACGGCCACAAAGUAUGGAAUGAACAGACGUUUUUAACGUCUAUAAACGAGACAUCAUGUACAUUGUAUGGUAAAAACUUGAACUUUGCCUUCGUUUUUAAAAGAUAUUUUUAAUAGCCUUUAAAAUGUUUCAGGCAAGAUGCGAUGCGUCCUCUUUUGAAAGUGUGCGGUGCACAUUUUGUGUCUCAUCUGGUAAGUAUUAGGACUAUAGUAUAAAAACACAACUUUUAGUGUAGUGUGGUUUUUUAUACGUGAGUGUAUUGUUUAGAAAUGUUAUUUUAAAAAUAGGAAAGUAAAACAAGUGUAAAUUCGUAUCUUCGGAGAACAUUUUUUAAAAGUUUGAAGGUCUCUAUCACAGAAGCUUCAUCAGUGAAACGAGGUGUGAAAAUACGGCUUUUCUGGGGCUUAUGCUAUCACGUGAACCUUUUAUAUGACGUGACAACUGAUGACUGAAGCCUUUAUCUCUGUUAGGUUUGGGUUGGAAUAUAGGAGUUGUUUGACUAGUUGUUUGCUUUGCUUAGGGGAGCAGGGAUGGCGCAGUGGUGAGAGCACUCGCCUUCCACCAAUGUGGCCUGGGUUCGAUUCGCGGACUCGACGUCAUAUGUGGGUUGAGUUUGUUGUUGGUUCUCUUCUCUGCUCCGAGAGGUUUUUCUCCGGGUACUCCGGUUUUCCCCUCUCCGCAAAAACCAACAUUUCUAAAUUCCAAUUCGAUCCGGAAUGCUCGAGCGUUUAAUACAUGAGCCCCUGGCUCGGGUGAUUGGGCAACCACUCCUCACGCUAUCGAGCUUAAAUAAAAUUGAGUUGAUUUGAUUUGAUACUUUGUGUGUUCCAGGUGUAUGGUAUUAUGAAGUGACUCUGCUAACAGCAGGGGUAAUGCAGAUUGGCUGGGCCACUAAAGACAGCAAAUUCCUUAACCAUGUAAGUUACAAGGGGUACGACCUUAAAUUCAAAGUACCCGUUUGAAAGCUACUUGAAUGGGGCAUAAGAUAUUACAAAGUUUGCCUUAAUACCGUGUUUGAGCUAGGGAAGGCCGCAGAGCUAGAAAAAAGUGCCGUCUGGUAGUCCAAAACACGUACUACAUUUUCUUGCUGGGUAAGUACCUUUUAAAGCUUACUUGCCCAGCAUUCAGGCAAGGAGCUGCUUGUCCAAAGGACACGCUGGAAUUCAGGGGGUUUUUUUUCAAGCUUUGGAAAGGGUUUUCAUUUUUAGUUCAAAUCGAGACCCACGGGGGUAGGAAAAACUGUUUUGAGAGCACCCACCCCGUCCCCUCGUAUUUCGGUCUCAAUCCCAGGCAUAACACUAAUUAUCAUUUGACGCGACCACACGAGAGCCGUGAAAAACUUCGUCGUAACGAAACUGGAUACCCCGUUUUACAGAGUCCCCAAAGGACACCGUUGAGGGGUAACAGGGGGAAGUACCCCACCCGUCCGAGUUUUCAAGCCGGCAGAUUCGUACUAGUUUCUAUGUGUUUUAUAUUUAGGAAGGCUAUGGUAUUGGUGAUGAUGAGUAUUCUUAUGCAUAUGAUGGCUGCAGGCAGCUUAUCUGGCAUGGAGCACGGAGUACACCCCAUCACCACAAACCUUGGAAACCAGGUCAGUAUACUACAAGGUUUUCCUAAAAAAAAUUCCGUCAUUAGAGACCUUAAGAUCGGACAGAUCGAGGCUUUUCGGCAUUUCCUAAGAACUGCGAACGUCAAGAAGUGAAUCGUGAUCAGUACCUUACCGUUAGUUUUGCGUCACCUUCCAGAGGUAAGUGAUUUAUCGCAAGGUUUUUUGCAGCCUAAAACUUCACAAUAGAGACCUUAUGAUCAAGGUUUGGUCAUUUUACUGCAAACGACAAACUGCAGUUUGCGGUUAACGGUUUCACGUUACCCGUCUGCCCAUAUUUGGGGCUUAAGAUUCGCGGGUGGUAGCUUGCGGCUGCCAUGUUUGUUUUCAUUCAUCGACUUACUUCUAUUUUAGCUCAGAAAUUGUCUUAAAAAUAACGUUUUUUAAAUUUUUUAAGAUAGAAUUCGAUAAUCACCAGGCAAAAGAGUUCUGAAAAGCCGUAUCUCUUCUCAAAUGUAGGAUUAUGUUUUAGGAUCGAAAAGACCCUUGCGGUAAAACAUGAACCUCUAUUAAACCGCGAACUUGACGGCAAUGCCCUGAUCACGUGACUUCUUGACGUUCUCGGUUCGCGGGAAAUGCCGAACGUGCAAAAGGACGCAACAUGUAACAUCCAGCAAUGUUGGGAGUUGUUGGCAAACAAUGUUGCAUCCUUUUGCUGUAGCAGAAGCAACGACGACGACGACUUCAACGAGAACAGCAAAAAAGCGAUAGGUUUAGAUGAGCAAAACAACAACUUUGCACGUGCAUCACGCUUUUAGGUACAUUUCUUUGCUCUCUGUCACUGCACGACUACGACGUGAAAAUGCCUAAUUUCACGUUUCGUGGAGGACUUGAACACAAGACAACGACUUUCUUUUUCUCUUCCUGAACUUUGAUACAGUCUUUUCGAAUUCAACUCCAGGAAAAGUUGCAAACAUUUGACGAAUUGAAAGAGCUGGAAUAAGCGCGAAAAAAUUUGAAGCAGUGCGACUUCUUUUUUUAAGUGACGUUUUCGUACCCAUCGCCAUUGCUGUUGCUUAAGCUCCGUAUUCUCUCCGUUGCGGGGUUACAGAGUGUACAAGUAAUAAGCUGCUCAAAGGUAUUAAACUACAUGCGUUACAUUUUUAGGUGAUGUCCUUGGACUACUCAUAGACUUACAGAGAGGGAAAGUCAAAUUUUCGCUGAAUGGCAGUGAGAUUGAAAGAGAUUUUAAAGAAGCACUAUCCGGGUAAAUAAGCGUAUAGUUUUAAUAUUUUGGUAUCAAACUUAAUCUUCAAGCUAUGGAGUUAGUAAACUGAAUUCACAACCACGCAACUCAUCUUUGAAAAUUACGCAGAUCUCCGUCGUAGAUUAAUUAAACUGAAGGCGAUUUCGUUUUGAUGUAUGUGCCUGGUGCCUGUGUAGUGGUUCAAUUUUAUCCUUAGUUUAAAUUUUAUUUCCCUUUGUUUUUGGGUAUGGUUAUUUAUGAUAAUGAGUUUGAAACAAAGGAGAAUGAAAUUUAAACCAAGGAUAAAUAGGCCAUAGUCCUAUUCGGCUAACUCAAUGUUGUACCCAAUUCAAAUCUCCCGGGGAUAAGAUUCUUUGUGUAUUGUAUUUGCAUUAUAAUGUGGCAUUCACAUUUAAAUGAUAUGGAAAUUCCUGAAACAAAACGUUUUAUUCCCAACGGGUUUGAAUUGGGUACAACAUUGAGUUAGCCGAAUAGGUCUACUUGCACGAUGGCGUCAUUUUACUACCACGACCAGAAUGCUUUUCGUUUUUCCUUUCAUAUCUAAAUUUGGUAGCCCCAGUGGGGUUUAAAUAACAAAAGCCCUAAUUUGCACAAGAAAGCUAAACCCUGAAAGGAUCCUGGUCAUAGUAGUAAAAUGACGCCAUCAUGCAAAUGGACUAUUGAACCACAACAUUCUGUUAGCGCACUUUGUUGAGUAAGUUGAGGCAACGGCGUUAAAAUUUCUCUUUCUCUGAAUGGCUUCAAGAGGAUUUUUACGAAAUUUGGCGUUAAAUAUUUGAGCAGAAACUGUAAAUGUAAUGUGAUUUGAAAACUUUCGGUCCAAGCGUCUACUCUUGUUUGUUAACUACACUAACACAAACCUGUUCUCCUUCUUCCCUAGAGCUGGAUUCUUCGCUGCUGCAAGCUUUAUGUCCUUUCAACAUUGCAUUUUUAACUUCGGAGCUCAACCGUUCAAGUAAGAUUGGGCCCCCGAGAAGAGUUACAACUGAAAACGGCUCGACUAUUUGUAGAAGCUUACGAGAGCGGAGCCUAUACCUACUAAUGUGGUGACAUUCCUUGAUCACAAAAAUCGUGGCGCAUGCUGAGACCUUGAGCACGUGCGCAUGCAUGGUAGUUCGCCUAAGGUAGUCAGGUUUUACGAUUACUCGCGCGAACGUCAUCUUUCUUGUUCAAAAUCCCCGUUAAAUUUUAUAGUGUAGUUGUUGUCAGUAAUCGUUCGAGAUCGAGGUCCACCUUUUUGAACGCAGAAAAAUGACGAUAUAAAAAUCAUUAGGCAAACAUCCCCAUUGAACAUGAAUAAUGCGUGUGCCUUAUAUGGUCAAUACUACAUCCUCCACCAUCUCCCCAACCCACCUUCCCAUUGCACUCCCUCCUUUUAAAAUUAGCUCCAAAGAAAGAUUCUGAAGUAGACCAUCUAAAAAUCAGACACUAUAUGCAGAUAAUGUAGUAUUAAUUUGUCAUCAAUGGCAGGUUUCCCCCACAAGUGUCAUUUAGCAGUUUCAACGACCACGCCAACAUGAAAGCGGAGGACAAAAUUAUUUUACCUAGGUGAGCCUUAGAGUGAUCCUUCAUCUUGUGUCCUGAAAUUGAAACGUACUUCAUUACUUUGACUACCCUGGUUGCCAGAGACCGUUCAUGCGUGGUGUCCGGUUUUGGUCAAACCCAGGGUAUAGAUCGUUUUUACUGUCACACAACAAAAAAAUAAAUUGGAAACCUUCCAGUGGAAGAAGCCAAGAAAAUGAAAUGUUAUAAAAGACUAAUAUAUAAACAAUUUAUCCAAGUCUCAGGUCUUUGUGGCCCACAGUUUCUGAGUUAUGUGCCGAAACGUUUCACGCACCUUUGUAGAGUUUUGUAUGGAGACGCCAUAUUGGUCUACCGUUUUGGUGCACCAAUAUGGCCGCCGGAAAUCAACAAAAAUAUCUGGAGUUCACUUUUUCUAUAAAAGCUCUUUCUUUUCACUCGAGAACUAGCAUACGUGCGCAUAAACAUAUCUUCAAAUACUUGAAAUGGUUAUACUGCUGAAAAUCAAGAGGAGAGACUUUUUUUCAACGAGACAGCAUUCCUAUUUUGGUGUCACGCACUGUGAAAACUCGGAAGUUCAAAUUGCUGUAUUUUCGAAAUGAAACAUGUUACGGGGAUGGAAACUAGUACAAAGAUUUUCUUUUUGUUUAUCUUCAACCCAGUGUAAAUAAGAAUUCGUAAAACCUCGCUAUUUUGACUUUACAAUUUGAUGAGGUCACAGUGAAAACCGUCUAUACUUUGGAUAGUCUUUGCGCAGAAAUUCACAUGAACCAAUCAAAUCUUGAAGCAAACAUGUGACGCCGGUGCGAAGCGCGGGAAAAAUUGUGUGAGGUUCAUCAACCAGUCACACAGUCCAACCGGGAGAUGCGAAACAGUAAACACUUUCACUAGUUCCAAGGGAAACGGUUAAUUUUGCUUGCCGAGUUUCUCAAUAUUGAGAGAUUCAUUGAGAUUUGAAGGAAAACUUAAAUUAACUGGUUUCACGAGGGACCAGUCGUUAAGUGUUUUGUGAUGUAGCCCAUAAAGAAAAACAUCUUCGCGUACAACUUUAUGAAAGUAAAUCUCAGCGAAAGGUUAACAUUCAUAAGUAGCGGUACUCUGUAUUCUGUAAUAGUCACAAAGCGAUCACAGGAUUCCCAAGAUGUUAUCCGCGUCACCGGCUCGGUAACUAGUCGGCCAACAACAACAAAGCUUCGAGUAAUUUCAAGGACGGCCCUUGCCUCAUCUCUGCACGAAAUAGAUGUUGGUGCUAGACGAGUUUUAAUGCUUGUUGUAAUGUUAACUCAGAGGCGUUUCCUUGUUCUUUGUAGACAUUUAAAGCUCGCAGCUAUUCGCCAAGAGAGCGUUACUGGUGAUCCAUGUAAAAUAUGCUAUGAGAACGCUGCUGAUACCAGAUUAGAACCCUGCAAUCACAGGUAAGGUACAAAAUUUAGAGGCCCAUGUACAUGAAAGAUAAAAUAGUAUGACUGUAAGUCGAUGCAAGCACGAUGACGUCAUAUUGUUACUGCUGUUGCUGCUGCCUGCUGCUGCGACUGCGAUGACUAGGACCACCACUACCACUACCAUUACCACCACCACUGCGACUACCACCACCACUACCACUACCACUACCACUACGACUACCACCAGCACUACCACUACCAACACCACUACCACUACCACCACCACCACGACUACCACUACCACCACCGCCAGCACUACCACUACCAUUACCAACACCACUACCACUACCACCACCACUACCACCAGCACUACCACUACCAACACCACUACCACUACCACCACCACCACCACUACCAUUACCACCACCGCCACCACUACCACUACCAUUACCAACACCACUACCACUACCACCACCACUACCACCAGCACUACCACUACCAACACCACUACCACUACCACUACCACCACCACUACCAACGCCACUACCACUACCACUACCAUUACCACUGCCACUACCACUACCAACACCACUACUACUAUUGUGUGUGUCGACUUCAGACAUUUCAGUCCUACUGGUAUGCACAGGCCCGUAACCAGGAUUUUAUGUGGGGUGCUAACGAGGCCAAAGCGGACCCAACUACGGAAUUGUAUUUUUUAUCGUCUGAUCCGUUCAUUUAGGAAAGUAGCAAUACAUGAGAAAUUGUAACGGCAAAGAACAUGGUAGGAACUGAAUAUUACAUUUUUCGAAUACAACUGUUUGAAUUUAGUUAUAAAGGAGUAAUUUUACGAUGUAAAAUGAUACAUCAAAAUACUGCGGAACUAAUCCGUCAGAACAGUUCCGAACUCCAGCCUCCUUGGGUGUAGCGACUAAAUCUCAGAGCGUAAUAAUGGGAUCAAGACUGGUGGACAUUGCGAAAAUGAGUAUGAUUUACCGUUUAUAUCUCGCUGUAAAACUGUAGUUAACUGAGAUAGAUCUGAAGUCGUGGUUUCAGCUGGGCUGUCGUCGCAGACUGCACUGUCAUUGUCAGCGUCUGAUAGCUCUUGACGGGGUACUUUACUGACCCAUUGCACAGGAAAAAAUAACGUAUUCCCAUUUUUGGAUAUUUUAGGGUAUUUAAAGAAUACCCAUAUAAAUCCCAAAUUUGGCAAAGUGAGACAAGUCCCAACCAGGGAAUUCCCAACCAAGUUCCCAGAUUGGGACUUGUCUCACUCUUCCAAAUUGGGAUUUUGUGGGUAUUCUUUAAAUACCCUAAAAUAUCCAAAAAUGGGAAUCCGUUAUUUUUUCCUGUGUUGUAUCGAGAGACUGGCAAGAUUUAGCUGCAGCCUUCCUUUUUCUAUUUUCCUGUUCUCUCCUACCCAUAACGUAUUACACAAAAAACUAAUUUUGCAUCUUCAGGCGUUCAUGCGCUCGUACAAAUAGAGAAUACUACCCGACGCGUUAGCGGACGUGUCUGACAAAAAUCGUGAGAUCGCUCCCUUGUCAUUGUCUCGCUCGUCGUAAACUCCCGUGCAAAGCCUGCGCCCCGGGGUCUGCGCACGUUAAUUUCAUUAUUCAUUUACAUAAGCUCGGACAUCUGUGCGCUCAUUGAAAUGCUCUGAAUGGCUCGGGCUACUAGAGUGUAGCUGGUUUUAUUUUCCCAGUGAAUACACCACUGCUUUUUCCAUUCUUUGAUUUUGUUUAAAUAUCACUGCACUGUUAAGUUUGAAACUUCAGUGUAACCGACUGCUAACUUGGAUAUUGAGUAUCAAAAUGCGGACCUUUGGGGCCUGUGGGGAGGUGCGAACGCACCCCGUGCACCCCCCUGGUUACGGGCCUGAUGCAUGAUGUUUGUCACAUCAACAAAGUUUAAUGGCGUCGGUUCCCACGAGUCUCCUUUUGCUCAGUGGUUGCGCAUCUGGCCCCAAUUUUUGGAAAUGUGGAUAGCGCUUUCCACUGCGUAAAUCACUAUUCAGCGUAUAACGCAAUCGGUCUUCGUAAUACUUUUCCACUGGGUAGUGAUUUAUCCGGUGGAUAGCGCUAUCCAACUUUUGAACAACCGAAGCCUGGUCUGUAUUUGUAACCAGAAAACCAGGCAGGAUCAACUUCCAUUUUUUUUUCCGAGUCUUCUCGAUCAAAGCCUGAGAAACAUCAGUUCUUAAACUUUUAAAUGUUUAGACUAUACUGCCAAUGUUUGCAGUGAGCACUUACCGUCAGCACCUUCCCUCUGAGCUCCCGCCCGCACAAAUUAAAAAGGUACCUUUCCUUUCAUGAUGUGGAAACGUUCCUCAUCUAAUGCAUUACAAACGGGUGUAAGAAAACAUACAACACUGAAUGAAGGAAAAGAAAAAAUUAAACAGAGAACGACAAGUUCUACAAAUCACCCGUCGAAAAGUGUUGUGGUCGGAAAAUAUCCCGUAACAUCGCCCCGUGCGCCUUUUGUAUUGUUUUGUCUCAUUCGUCCCCAUGUCUGUCAAUCGUCUGAAAUUUCACUCUUCAUCUCAUUUUUAGGGACGUCUGCAUGAAAUGUGCAAUACAAAUGGAGGACUGUCCCUUGUGCAGAAAGCGCAUUGAAAACAGAGUGUUUGAGAUACAUAGCGCCCCAACAUCACCAAAGGACACCAGCUGACAGCGGCGCAUGCUCAGUUAAAAAAUCCAUGAAGCUUAGUCUCAAUAAUAACCUCUUACUUUAUUAAAUGAAGACGCCAAUCAACACCGUUACGUUUGGACGCGUAUCCAAGAAGGGUUCAUAAUGCUUCCCUGUAGUGUCUGUUUGUAAAACAAAAGCGCUUAAAGAGAGACAUUUCAAAAGCGGGUAUAAGCCCAGCCACCAAGCUUUUCUUCUUCGUUCUCUGGCCCUUUGCUUGUCACGCAACGUACGUCAUGACGUCACUGGUUGCACGACAAGGCGUUUAACAGCAAGUUCGAGUCUCGGAGAAAGCUCUGCGAAAGGAUGCAAGCACCUUAUUGAGCUGGGGCCUUUAAAAUAUACGUUCACCAAUUAUAACGUUACUUUUUAGACAAUUUGCAGUCCGCGUGACAUGUUUAACAGUUAUUGACAUGAGGUUACAUUUACAAACUGUGAAGUUUCAUAGGAGAUCUGAUUUAAAUAACGGGAAAUAUAUUUUUCCUAAUGCGUUUGCUUUUAUUUAUUGUUUUUCUUCUGAUUACUCUUUUUUCCAAUGAUGUUUUUGUACGGUGACCACGCAUAUUUUUCUAUUUAACUUCUGCAUUUCCCACAUUUAGAAGCAUACCGAUACGAACUUCACAUCAUUGUUGUAAAGAAGAGGACCUCGAUUUUGCAAUGUAUUUAGUGUUUGAAGAUGUCACCCUGGCUUUUUCUCGGCAGCCAUGUCGGUUGACAAGAGCAAAAGUUUUUCUCUCCGCUGGGAACUAAAUUUUUUUUCAUUUCUUGUUUUGUUCACCAACAUGGCCACCUUGUCACGUGAUUGGAAACCAAGAAUAGACUAUUUUCGAGUUGCCCCAAGCCUCAGUUUCAAAGCGAGGCUAAGUGCGUAAAUAGAACUCAUUUUUACAUUCUUGCACUUAGCCUUGGCCGUUUAGUAGUUGAGAGUUUUUGGAACUUAGAACUGGUCUAGUGAAGUAUUGGUUCCGAGGCUGACGCACAGAGGAAUAAACAAUAAAAAUAAAUUAUUAUUGUUUUAUACCCAUUAGCCUUGGACCCAAGAUUGAAUUUUAAUACUUCCAAAGUGGCCUGUUCCCAAGUAUAACAAAGCUGUGAAACAACCAUCUUUAAUAGCCCUUAGUCUUGGUUUGCAACCACUUUCUAGGGCGGCCAUAUUGGUGGUCAGUGUAGUCAUUAUCUAUAAUAGAAAUUUUAUUCGCAAAAUUCGCAAGGAAAGAGACAAAGGUUUGCAGCCGAGGGAAACGCUUUUGUUCUUGAUCAGCAAUAAGUAAAUCCUUCAUGACGUCAUUGUUUAUGGUUUGCGUUUGUUUAUGGUUUAGCAUGCGACUUCACGUCAAGAAGGCAUUGCGUAAAAAAAGAAUCGAGCUUGUUUAUCGUAGUGAAAUAUGGAUUUUUAGCUCGUUAUGUAAUCUUGUAUAUAAGGUAAACGGCAGAAUUUCUGGGUAGCAAAAGCGCCAAUGCACAACAUUAGGUAAAGAGUAUCUAGUAUAUCGGGGAAAAAGUUUUAGAAACAACUUGCUGUCCUAUGUGGUAUCAAUGCUCGAGUUGGUAUUUUUAUAGUUAGUUUAGAGGAUGACGAACAUAUGCUAAUGAGACAAAUAUUGUAAGCAAAGAUUCAUAAUCUGUAAAAUAAAUUCAUCACGUCAGAAACGAAAAGGAAGCUGAGCCGAGUUAACUUUCGCAAAGACUUCUGGUACUGUUACUAGGUACAGGGAAAAAAAUUGGCCAAUAGCUGACCGAGCGUUCCAAGUAACCAUCCCAGAAACAAUUGCGGGACGCAUUUGGCUCCAGUUCCCUUUCCGUUUUAAAGUUGCGCAUCAUUUCAGUGUGACCUUAAAAUGAUUGUAAAAUAGUUGUGCCACUAAAUGAGUAAAAGACGUAAGUGCUUUGUUC